CCGUCGACAGCAGCGGCACGCGGACGUGGUGACACCCCGCUGCUGUUCGCCUCGCAGACACGACGAGGCGCAACUCUUCGGUCACGGGGAGCUAUGCGGUGCACAGCGGAAUUCCCGGAGGAAAAUGAUGUCACGGAAUACGGCAGGGUAGUGUAAUGGAGAUACGCUUCCUGUUGGAGCUGCUACUACCCUUCCUCUUUGCUUCCGGAGUGGCGGUGAACCCAGGGUGCGAGUGCUUGCUGUUCACGAGCACGUUCGGCAAGGAGUUUGGCGUCUUCAGCAGCCCCGACUACCCUCGGCCAUACCCCAGCGACGUCGACUGCCUUCUCUACAGCUUCGUUGGCGGCUCGCACGACAUCGUUCACAUUACCUUCGUCGACUUCGACGUGCAGAAGACGCAUCUUGACUGCUCCCUGGGCGACCGCGUGGAGGUUUUCCUGUCGCUGGGCGGGCAGCUGCGGGCCGACGUGAACGACCGGACGCCGCCCGCGGGCGUGCUGUGCGGCGGGCUGCGCGAUGUGCCCGCGGCGCUCUACAGCCAGGGCCCGGCGCUCGUGCUCGCCAUGCACGCCGCGGGCCCGCCCUCCAACAGCUCGGGCUUCCUCGGCAGGUUCCGCUUCCUCGACCGGCGUUCGUUCCGGUCCGACGGGCGCCGUGUGCUGGGCACGGAGUGUGACCAGCUGUUCUCCAGCGGAGACGGCCCGCGCAACGGACGCUUCUUCUCUCCGCGAUACCCCUCCAGCUACCCCAGCAACACCACUUGCAAGUACUACUUCCGCGCCAGAGAGAAGGAGCGUAUUCGGCUGGUCUUUGAAGAAGUGUCCUUACAGAAGAGAGAUGCCAGGUGA